GUCGUUACAGGCGCAAUGCGGCGGUCGGGAUGUAAGGAGGAAUGGCGACGGUCGAGACGUUUUUGGAGGCCAGAGCAGAGCUGAAUUUAACCAAAGAGAAGCUCAACACAGGUUUGAGUCCCCUGACCUCCAGCUUAUGACAGAGGGCCCCAAAAUGGAGACUGAAAUAACAGUGACCUCCUCAUCGAGCGUGGUGUCGCCAUCCACACCGCAGACGACAACCGCCCAGGCCAACUUAGCAGCAAAACAGCGAGACAGCAGAAAGCCCACCUCCACCACUCCCGCCUUCCUCUCCAACCUGGGGAGGGCCACUCUGCGGGGCAUUCGCAAGUGUCCCCAGUGUGGCGUCUACAACGGCACCCGCGGGCUCAGCUGCAAGAACAAGGCGUGCGGGAUAUCCCUCAGAAAUGCUUCGGCCGGGGGAGGGAGGAACAGCAAGAAGGGAGCGGUGGAGGUGGUGAGAGUGAUAAUAGACAGCGAGGAGAGAGGUGGGAAAGAGCGAGAGGGAGGGGGAGUCCUGGGCGGCGGCUCAAGCGGAGGCGUGCAGGUGUUUUCGGUGUGUCACAGAGGAAGAGGAGCCACGGCUACGCAGCUGGGCUUCGUUGAACUCGUCCCCACUGAUACGGCUAUAGCGACCGGCGACGGAGCCACCUUGCUGACCCGCAUCAACCUGGGCCGCUGCUUUUUGCCUUCUUGCAAACACGGUCAAAGGUCAAAUCAGGGCGAGUCAGAGUCAGCGGUCGCCAACUCCAAACAGUCCUCCGACAGCCUCUGCAUCCACAUCAAGCAAGCGAUAGAGUGUCGGAGCUGUGCCAACCCGCUGACCUUAAAGAGCUCCGUCCUGGAGGGUUUGCAGGCCUCCAUGCAAGCCAGGGAGGAGCUGUGGGGGCUCGCCACAGAGUCUCCGGGGCCCCUGGUGCAGCGCGUCUCCAAAGACACGCUGGUGGUGAAGUGCCACACAGACUCCCAGCAUCCUCUGGGCCUGCUGCAUCUCACCGUCGGUGCAGGCGGACUGUCUGAGGUCUCAAAGAGUGAGAGGAGAAGCAGAGAGGCGCAGCAGCAACACGCCGUAUUUCACUGCGCCUGCCAGGUCAGCAGCAGACGAGGUAAACCCGGCGCUGACGGGGCAGGUGGAUCCAACAACUCUCAUCCUCCUCCCGGCUCGGUCGCAUCACAACCCUGCCUUCACUUCUACGCCUGCGUGUGUGCCUUUGCAAGCGAUGAGAAACUGGCUUCAGAGUUUGCAGCUUUUAUCAACUACACGCCCAGUGGUGUGCAGCAAAAUGCUACCUGUAGAAUAAUAAGUCCCAGUGAGAAGCCUCUGCAGCAGGCCGACCCCAUCAACUCUCACCACAAAGCAAAGAAACUUCGCCUGGAUGAAUCUCUUUCUGCCCCCUCAGUGGCCUCUCCCGCUGGGGUGGGGAAAGAGGGCACGUCAGCGUCCGGCGUGAGGAAAGCCGGUCAGAGGAAAGCCCCUGGUGCCGGUGGGCUGAAGGCUCCAGGGAGUACGCAGGUUGUGGACGAGCAUACGGUGACGAUGGGCUUCCAUCAGUGGCUGGCGGGUGUCACAGAGAGGAUCCACCAGACGAUGCACUACCAGUUCGAUGGGAAACCAGAACCUCUGGUGUACCACAUUCCUCAGGAGUUCUUCAACGCUCUGCAGCAUCGCCUGUCGCUCGGCUCGAAGAAGAGGAGGCUGCCGAACUUCACCACAGCGUUUGUGAGAAAUGAUGGACUUCCUCUGGGCUCUUUCUCCAAGUACACCUGGCACAUCACUAAUCUCAUGCAGGUCAAACGCAUCUUUGACACCGCCGAGUUGCCUCUGGAGCUCACUCAGAGUUUCGUAAAGAACGUCGACGGCUCCUACUCGCGUUUCCGUUGUCCCGAACCUCCCCCUGAACCUGAACUACCCGAGGGAUACAGGACAGAUCGGCCGCAAGCUAUACGACCGAUGGAGCUCCGCACCUUCCUCAAAGUUGGACCCGGCACCGCAGAUCAGAAGGAGGCGAGUCCGUUUGUGAUCGAGUGGAUCCCGGACGUCCUCCCUCGCUGUCAGAUGGGGGAGCUCAGGAUUAGCUUUGAAUUUGGCCACCAGCAGAGCGGUCAGCCGGAGUAUUGUGAGAAAAUGAGCGCGGCAGAGAAGGGAGGUCGUAACAAGACAGACUCCAACCAAACAAAACACUCAAAAGCUGUUGAAAUCCUUCAGGUAGUCGUCUGAUAGCUGCUCAGUCUCCUUAUUAUACAGUAAUCAGUGUUAACGCCUGCAAUAAUUGAUUUUAACUGCCUCUAUGGGACAGUUUAUCAUUAAAGCACUCCAGAUAUGAAUUAAUAUGACUCAUAUGAGACUCACUCAUAUCCAUUUUAUAUUAUGCAAUGUAUGGAUAAUCAAUCUCAAUGUGAAUUAUACAGAAUAUUAUUAAUCAACUGCAUUUUUUUAGACAAUCCUGUCUGUGGUUGAGUCGUAAAGCCUUUUCUUUAAAGUUAAAUAUUCAACAUCAAACCUAUAAAGGAAAUAAAAGAGAAACAAAGGAAGCAUAUUUUUGGAAAAAAUAUAUAUAUAUAUUUUUAUAACAUAUGACGUAAACAUUUUUACUCAACACAGAUCACACAACCAGUAAGAACAUUUUAAAAUCCGUUGAUUAAAACGUUCUUACAGUCUCAAGGUGUAAAAACCUUUCUUGUCCUGUGUGUUUUACUAUGUAAGCGUAAAGGAAAUAAAACACAUUUAAUGGAUAAAAUGUCUAUUUAUUGGCAAAGAUAAAUAAACCUCUCAUUAAAAUAAAUAUAAA